ACCGACCCAACCCGACUCUGACUUCACCCUCUGAGGCUUUCAACCAGUCGGACCAGGCUUCACUGUUUUUUAAACUAUUUUCGUUGCAGUUGGAUUUCUUCUGAGGAUCUGGUAUCAUGUCGACGGCUGUGGAAGCGACCGGGUUCAUCAUGUGCCUCAUCAGCUGGCUGAUCACCGGCGCCGCGCUGGCCAACGACUACUGGAAGCUUUCCACCGUGUCGGGCAGCGUCAUCAUCUCCCAGAGGCAGUUUGAGAACUUGUGGCACUCCUGCGCCGAGAACAGCGCCGGCAUCGCCGAGUGUCGAGACUUUGAGUCGCUGCUCGCCCUCCCCGCUCACAUUCAGGCGUGUCGCGCUCUGAUGAUCAUCUCGCUGCUGCUCGGCCUCGGCUCCAUGAUCGUCUCCCUGCUCGGCCUCAAGUGCAUCAAGAUCGGCUCGGCCACCGACCAAACCAAGGCCAAGGUCGCCGUCACCGGGGGGAUCCUGAGCAUGCUAGCUGGUCUGUGCUGCAUGAUCGCUGUCUCCUGGUACGCCUACAGAGUCGUUGAGGAUUUCCACAACCCGUUCUUUGGUGGCGUCAAGUUCGAGCUGAGUACGGGUCUCUACAUGGGAUGGGGCGGAGCUAGUCUGGCGAUGCUGGGUGGAGCUUUUCUUUGCUCCGCCUGUAAGAGAGCGUCACCUGGUGGCAAGAAAGGCGGGUACUAUGGAAGCCAACCAGGGAAAGUCUACACGGCAACAGCCAGAUCUGAUCCAGAUACAGCCAAAGCUUACGUCUGAACACACUUUACAACUUUACACUUUAAGGACAUUUUAUAGCCAUGCUUUUAUCUCCUGGUGCCCCCGACUUUAGCCUGCUGUCGUCCUGGUUUAUGUAAACUAAUAUAUCAAAGUUUUAACCCUAAAAAGAAGCAGUUUUUAUAAGAAGACCGGCUGUGUGAUCACUGUAAACACACAUCGUUCAGUAAAUGUCCUUUUGAAAUAUUCGCUUUUUCUUUGUUUUCUUUUUUUAGAGUUUUUGACAUGAAUUCUUAGAGUUUAAAUCUGGAGAAUAAAUAAGGAUUAGUAGAUGUUAAUGAUUGUUUAAUUCUGUUUAUUAUUCUGUUAAUAAAGUUUGUACUACAUGAUAAAUAAAUAAAAAAUGUUUUGGUUUGUUGCCUGUA